CUAUUCUGAAAUACCUUCAUCUAUUUUUACAGUGCCGUGAAGUAUUUGCUCUCUAACACAUUUCUUUAACUUUUUUUUUAAUCACGCCUAUGUUUCACAUCGCUAAACACAUUUUAGUAUCAAACAAAAAUAGCCUGAGUAAAUAAAUAAAGCCGUUUCCAAAUUAUGACUUCAUUUGUUAAACGAAAAAGCUAUGUAAACCAACCUGGCCCUAUGUGAAUAAGUAAUUGCCCCUGAAAUCCUGAAAAUUGGUUGCACGGUCCUUGGAUUCAGCAACUGCCUGUUUGUGAUAACCAACAAUCGGUAUUUUUUGCAUCUCUUUGCCCCACUUUUCUUUGCAGAAUUGCUUUAAUUCAGCCACAGGGAAUGGGUUUAAAGCUUUAACAGCCUGUUAAAUGUCAUGCCGGAGCAUCUCAAUUGGAUUUAAAUCUAAACUUUGAUUAGACCACUCCAAAACUAUCAUUUGUUUUGGGUUAUUCAGAUAUGGACUUGGUGGUGUGCUACAGAUGAUUGUCCUGCUGAAUAAUCUAAUUGUGCUUAAUCUUAAAGUCACUAUUUAAAGACCAGACAUUAUCCCUCAGGAUUUUCAGUUCGAGAAUAGAAUUCAUGGUUCCAUUAAUUAUGGCAAGUUGCCCCUAUUCCUGAAGAUGCAAAGCACCCUCAGACCAAAUGUCAAACUGUUUGUGUGUUGCUCUUUUUUGGAAAUGCCUUGUCAUUUUGAGCCAAAUAUAAAGGGAUGGUUCUAGAGAGGGAUGUUGCCCUUCUGGACCUGUUACUGCUGCAGCCCAAUCUUGGAUAAGCAGAAAACGAAGGAUCAAUAGAAACUUGUAAGUGGAAAAAUACUUUUUCAUGGCAAAGUAUGCAAGUUUUAUGCAUUAUAUUGACAUUUGUUCGUGUGCUAUAUUUCAGCAAAAAAACAAACAGCAGGCAUAACAUUAUGAUCACUGACAGGUAAUGUAAGUAUCAAUUCUUGUCACGGUGCAACGUGCCCUGACUUUCAGAUAGAUGUAACUUUUACGAGUAUCACCAGCCGAACAAUUUUGUCAGCCAGUCAAACUCCACUAUAUGGAUGCAGAACCUUAAUACAGAAGUAGCUUCUCCCAACUACAUCACCAACGGGACAGUAGUGUGCCCAACAGGGUUAGAAGCUAUAAUUUGCCUCAAAUAACAUGAUGAGUGAGAGGUGUUUAGCCAUUAUCUAAACUAUCCAGAUACAUAUCUGGUUCCAUCUUGAGGAAGCUAAAACACGCCAAUAAUCCCAACAUCCUAGUACUCACCCUAGGGCAGCCCCAGAUGUGCUUUGGACACCCGUUGAUUGCACAUAAUGUAAUGGUUAAUCGAGUAAACCCCUGCUCGAUAUGAAAGAGUAGAAAAGAGAGAAGAAAUGGCAGGGAAUUAGUGAAAGCCACAGGGGAGGGUGCAAGUGAAGAGCUAAAAGGGUCACGCUGAGAUGCCUGAUUGCUCCCCUGAGAGGUGGAUGAGAGGGUGGAGGGAAAGAGAAUCCAAGCAGAUGGAAAAGGGUGGAUGCUGUCAGAUGUGUUGUCCUUUAAGGUGGUGACUGCAUUGUUCCUUUUGUUAGGUAUUUCUAUAAAGCUUGGGUAAAGCCACGCUGACUCAUGAAAAAUUCACUUCAACUCAUGGGUCUUGCUCUCAUAUCUAUAACAUAAGUUUAAGUGUUGAUUUUUUUUAAAAUUUUAUAUAAAAAUAGGUUAUUAUAUUUACUGUUGCAUAUUUGCGGGAUUAUUAUUUAUGUACAUUUAUGCGCAUUUAUUGAUUGCGGGUUAACACAUUGAGCAACAGUAUUUAUUCCCACUUUCUUUUUUAUUCUUUUAUUACUAUAGGAACAGCGGGAAUUAUAUUAUUAUCUGCCUUUUAGCAGCAACAUUAACCCUUUUAUAAUUAUAAGCUCAUUGCUCUCUUUGGGUUCAUCCCAUGAUGUACUGUAAUUCUACUUUUGAAUGACCUAAAACUGAUUCAUUUGCUGAAUUUUCCUUUAUGCAGAGGCUUAGGUGAUCUGCAGUAUGUAUAUGUUUGUGUCUUAGAGGAGGGUGGUUACAGCAUGUGUGUUUCAGUGACUACAUUCUGGUAGCGACUGGACAGGGCAGGGCUCACAGGCCAGUGACAUCAUCCACGAAGAAGGAGAGACAGUCGUAAGCGCAUGAGCGGUCUAUCCUCAGGCAGUGAGAGGAAGCGGACCCACUCAGAUCAGGAGGAGGAGGGUAGCAGCAGCAGCAGCAUGAGAGCGGGACAGUUUCUGAGCGGCGGAGGUUCACACAGCGCUGAUUUGACUUUGACAAGGAUAUAGGACGUAGUCUGGGAAAUUUUCUCCUUUUGUUUUCUCCUCCUCUUCCAUUACUCCAUCCCUCUCCCUCCCUUUACCCUUCUCCCCUCCAUCCUCUCAAAGUUAUCCCCUCUCUCAGCUGCUGCUUCAGGCGGUUCCUCCGGGCAUGCUCCUUAAGCCAAAGUAUGACCGCUUUCGCAACGAGUCUGUAACCUCCUCUGACGACCUGAUGCAGAGCUUAGCCAUGAGCAGCAAAGUUGUGGCCACACCGGUGGUCUCCUCCUCCACACAGAGUCUCCCCCUGCCUCCUUUGCCUCCUCUAGAUCCCAGUGCCAGGUCCUCCUCUUCUGUCGGGGCUGCAGCCCUGGCAGACUCCCCAUGUCUGGAUGGGGAGCAGGAGGCCACCACAACCUUCUGCAUGCUCAUCCCCAAGAUGCCUCAAUGGAAGUUCUCCAACUCCUUGCUCAGCAGGAGCCCGUCCAGCUCUAGCUCUAGCAAGGACUCAAACAAGACAACUUCUUCCCAGUCCUCAACCUCCUCAUCUUCAAACAGGACCAGUGGGGCGAGCCAAGCCAGUGGUCCUGUGGCCAGCCUUGCAGCCGUACUAAAUUCCUGUGACCCUGUAUGUGUCACCCCCUGUUCCCUGCAGGCCAUCCGAGGGCAGCGAGCAGUAGCAACAUCUGCAACCUCUGGCAGUCCAGGAGGACAUGGAUUUGGGGUCACAGCAGAGGUCAUGGUGAGCCCUGGUGUCUCCAGCAGCUCCAGAUCAGGAAUGAGCCGCAGGACAAGGGUGGAAGGCAUAUGGCCGGGGGGAGAAGACCUCCACACGAAGGGCAGCUUCAUCCACAAACCCUCUCAAGGCUGGCUGCACCCUGACAAGAAAAUUGCAGGACAAGGAGCUUCUUACAUUGUUAGGUACAUGGGUUGCAUUGAGGUGCUGAAAUCAAUGCGCUCCCUGGACUUCAACACAAGGACUCAGGUGACAAGGGAAGCCAUCAACAGACUUUGUGAGGCUGUGCCUGGAGGAAAGGGGGCUUGGAGGAAAAAGGCCCCAAACAAAGCUCUGCAAUCAGUCAUGGGAAAGAGUAACCUGCGAUUUGCAGGUAUGAACAUUGCUGUCAACAUUUCUGUAGAUGGCCUUGGUCUGCUAUACCCUACUACACGGCAGGUGAUUGCACACCAUCCCAUGCAGUCCAUCUCAUUUGCCUCUGGAGGAGACACAGACACACCAGAUUAUGUUGCAUAUGUAGCCAAAGACCCAGUAAAUCAAAGAGCAUGUCACAUCCUGGAGUGUUCGGAUGGUUUAGCCCAGAGUGUCAUCAGUACGAUUGGCCAAGCAUUUGAGCUCCAGUUCAAACAGUAUCUGCACAGUCCUCCUAAAACCAUGUCAUCUGUGGAGAGGCCUGUCAGAACAGAGAAGCCGGCGUGGGGCGAGGAUGAAGAUGCUUCUGAGCACAAUUACUACAACAGCAUCCCUGGAAAGGAGCCUCCUGUUGGGGGAGUCGUGGACUCCAGGCUGAGGCACAGUGGGGCCCUCCUGGGUCACAUCCACACCCAACCACAGAACAUGACAGCAGCUCAGAUGUGCUCACAGGCCAGGAGGGAGCGGGGAUUUUACCCACCGGGUCAGCUCUGUUAUGAGCUACACUGGGACACUGAGACCACAUGUAGCUCAGAUGGUUACCUCUGUGCUGAUGGUCAGCCACCAGGCAGCAAGGACUACGAGGAGCACCAGUACGUAAACACACAGAGUCUGGAAAACCUGGAACCACUAACACAGGGAACAGAUGGACAUAGAGGGGCCAGGGCACAUGACAGCCCCAAAAAGGAUCUCUUUGAUAUGAGGCCCUUCGAGGAUGCCCUAAAGCUUCAUGAGGCAUGUGGAGGAGCUGUUGGCCCCAGUGCAGUAGGAAGUUCUGGUUCUCAAGCUGGAGGAGAGGGUGUGCGAAACUUAGAGGACCAGUGGCCCAGUCCACCGAGACGCAGAGCCCCUGUGGCCCCGAAUGAGGAGCAACUGCGCAGAGAGAUGUGGUACCACAGCCGCAUGAGCCGGCGAGACGCGGAGAAACUCCUGGUUCGAGAUGGCGAUUUUCUUGUCCGUGAGAGCACCACUAAUCCUGGGCAGUACGUGUUAACAGGAAUGCACUGUGGCCUGCCAAAACACCUGCUGCUAGUGGACCCAGAAGGGGUGGUCCGAACCAAAGACAUGUUGUUUGAGAGUAUAAGCCAUCUCAUAACGUACCACCUGAAGAAUGAACUGCCAAUUGUUGCAGCGGAAAGUGAGCUUCAUCUUAAACAAGCUGUGCGGAGGAAACAGUGAGCCUCAUGGGUUGAUGUGAGAUCUGAAUUCUUCUGUACCACGGAAACAUUGGGCCUAAAAACUUAAUGGAUGAUUUUUCAUCUUGAAAGAACACUUAUACUUUCUUGCCUUGGACAUACUUCCAAUGAAAGUUAAGAAUCAAGUCACGCUCGUCCUUUCCUCUGGCUGCCAGGCUAAACCCAGUCAUAAAGUCCUCAGCAUGCAGACAUUAAGAAAACCUGAAUCCAGAACUUCAGCACCACAUCAUUAAACCUCACAAACUAACGACAAAUGCUUUUAGUAAUCCACAACCACAUUGUUCUUUCUGCCAGUGAUAAACAUCACCAGAAGAAAAACUGAAAGUAAUUUUCUAGAACGGAUGUUACAUCAAGAGAUGUCAGCUUUCAAAUUGAGAAGCUAAUUUCUGUAAAGAUGCAGAAAGUGACUGAAUGUGAGUACGAGAAGCAAAUGAAGACAAGUCUCUCUUUUUUGGGAUGUAACGACUGUUGGUCUGCAGUAUCUGAGAAGGCACAAAGGAGAAACACUGAGCCCAGUUCAGUGAUGGGAGUACGAGUGGCACAUGCUUAUGUAUUUUCUCUUUUGCCACAGUAUAAACAAUACAUGAAGCUUUUCAAUAUUUUCAGCUCCAGUUGACCUUGUCUUGUUUGCUGUUUGUAAGGAGUUGAUCGCAGUACGAUGAGCUUGUACAAGCCUGUGACCACCUACUGAGCAGAUUUUACUCUGUGAUGAAUCCUACAUCCUGAGUCAAAGCUAAUGUCUUCAUUUCUAACUCAUUGUACAGGUGCAUCUCAAUAAAUAAGAAUAUCAUAAUAAUUUAAUUCUGUAAUACAAUUAAAAAGGAAAACUCGUAUAUCCUAUAGAUUCAUCACACACAGUAAUAUAUCCUAAGCAUUUAUUUCUGUUAAUUUUGAUGGUUAUGACUUACAGCCAAUGAAAACCAAAAAUAUGUUUCUAAGUAAAUUUGAAUAUCAACUCAGCAUAAUGAUUUUUAAUAAAUGAUUACAAUAGAUUAUGACCAUGCUUUGGCAUGUGCAAUGAUAGCUAAGACUGCUGACUUGACACUUGGCCAACAGACAGUCAUUGACAUUCUCCGCAAGAAGAAUAAGUCUCAAAAGGUAGUUGCUGAAGAAGCUGGCUGUUCACAGUGUCCUGGAGUCAAGCACAUUAUCAGAAAGUUGAGUUAAAGGGAAAAGUGUGGUGGAGAAAAGUGCACACAGAUGUAUCCGAUCAAGCUAUUCCUGAAGCAGAUUUAAUGUUGAUGUCAUCAUAACCUGGGCUAAAGGGAAAAGGGACUAAGCUGUUGGUCAGUGGUCCACAGUCCUCUUUUCAGUAGAAAGUAAAUUUUAUAUUUCAUUAGGAAAUGUACCUCCCAGACUCUGGGGGAAGAUUAAAGAGAAUACCAGUGUAAGGUUUUCAUAGUCAGUAAUGAUUUAGGGUGCCACUAUUUACUGGUGUUGGUCCACUGUGUUUUCUGAAGUCCCCAGUCAAUGCAGUCAUCUACCAGGACAUUUUAGACUCACUUUAUGCCUUCCUUUAUUUACAAGCUUUAUGGGGAUGGUAAUUUAAUUUUCCAACAGGACUUGGCACCUGUCCAAGCUGCCAAAAGCACCAAUACAUGGUUUAAUGACCAUGGUAACACGCCUUGAUUAGACAGACUACUGUCCUUACCUAAACCCCACAGAGCAUCUCUGAUCUCUGAUGUCAAUGUGGAAAGAACCCAGACCCAACAAUGGAGAUGAGUAAUGGCUGCUAUCUAAGCAAUCUGGGCUUUCUGAACAUCUCAGCCUAGUCAUUGGCAGAUUGCCUCCAUGCCACGCCACACUGAUGCAGUAAUUCAUAGAAAGGGAGCCCCAGUCAAGUUCAAGUGCAUAUACUGUACAGUACAUGAAUGUACUUUUCAGCAGGUCCGCAUUUCUGUAUUAAAAUUCUUGUUUUAUUUGGUUUUAUGUAAUAUUCAAAUUUUCUGAGAAACAUAAUUUUGGGUUUCCAUUAUCUAUAAGCCUUUGCAAUGAACAUUAACAUAAUUUAAAAGUUCAGAUACAUCACUCUGGGUUUGAUGAAUCUGUAUAUGAGAUUAACUUUUUGAACUGAAUUACUGCAAUGAUUGAAAACUUCUUUUAUAUUACCAUUUGUUGAAAGGUACCUGCACACGUGUUUUUCCCUAGUGCCUUAAUAACUACACUAGCAGGCCUUUGUCUCAGAGUGCAUAUAAUAUGCAGUUAUGCACUCAUUGCAAAAGACUACAUUUUCUUGCCAUGCCAAUGAAAAGACAGACAAAGUUCAGGAUAAUUAAGCUCUUAUAUUUGUAAACAGUGAGGUAAGCUGCUCCAGUUUUCUGUUAGGUAACCACAGUCUUUCAGCUGUCUCUUAUUAUUAAUCUGUUUUGUAAGACCCUCAGAAAAGAUGUUUCCUUUUGUCUGUCACCGGUUGAUCUCCUUUGCAGUAAUUGACCGUAAAAUAAGGAUAUGUAUGAACUAUCCCUCCUUUUGUCCCUGCUCAAUUCAUUACUUUGAUGACCAUGUUUAUGUCUACAGCUCUGUAUUUACACUAUACCGGUUUGUAUUGUUGCUUCAGGUGCACCAGGAAGUGGCUCACCAUGUUUUUGUCACUGUAGUACUUUUUUAUUAUUUUUAGUUUUUACCCUGUCUUUGCAUCAGUCUCUUCUACGAACAGAUAAAUGAGGCCAACCACAAAGAUUUGUCAAGGUCAGAAUGUGAAUUUGUAAUUUUUUUAAAGGAUUUUUUCCCCCUUUGUGUUCUCAGGAAUUUUUCCUAUUUCUUUCUUCAUUAUUAUGUUUAGUCAAUAAAAUAAAUUGCAAAAAGG